AUGGUCAGAAAACUCAAGCAUCACGAGCAAAAGCUCCUCCGUAAGACGGACUUCAUCACCUACGCGCAGGAUGGCAAUCACCGCGACAAGGCCGUCGUCCGCCGCUACAUGAUCCAGAAGCCCGAGGACUAUCACAAAUACAACAGACUCUCUGGCUCUCUUCGCCAGCUCGCCCACCGCCUCUCCCUCCUCCCUCCCGACAACGCCGUCCGCCGCAAGCACGAGCAGCUCCUCCUCGACAAGCUAUACGAUAUGGGCGUUCUCUCGUCCACCUCCAAGUUGUCUGCCGUUGAGCACGCUGCCACCGUCAGUGCCUUUGCCCGCCGCAGACUGCCCGUUGUCAUGACGAGGCUGCGCAUGGCCGAGACAGUGCAGGCCGCCACCAAGAUGAUCGAGCAGGGCCAUGUCCGUGUCGGUGUCGAGACCAUUACGGACCCUGCAUACUUGGUCACCCGAUCGACGGAAGACUUUGUAACUUGGUCUGUUGGCAGCAAGAUCAAGAAGAACAUCAUGAAGUACCGCGACCAGCUGGACGACUUUGAGCUACUGUAA